AUGUUAAAUCGAAUACUUCGUCGCGGGUUUGCAUCAUACGUUGAAAGGAAGAAUUAUUAUGAAAUUCUUGAUGUUGCGCCGAACGCCUCCGCACAAGAGAUUAAAGACGCAUUUGUGAGGAAAACCAAACAGCUUCAUCCUGAUCAAUCAAAACGAAAAGAUGAUUCGCGUGUUGGAUGGGCGAAAAGAACGUCGGACACCGAACAAUUCAUGUUAGUCAAAGAGGCCUAUGAUUGUUUGCGGAAUCCGGAAAAACGAAAAUCCUAUGAUGUUGCGUAUAGUCCAGAAGGCGGAUUCUUGAUGGAGGCGUUUACGAAAACUCGCGAGAUGUCAGCGGCGCAGAAAAAUGUGCAUCGAAGGGAGUGGUCCGGCGAUAUCAUCGACAAUCCAAAAAGACGGCGACCCACACAAUUUAGUCAUUUUAGGAACCCCGAAGAGGAAUACAAUCGAGAAAAGAACAAGAAUCGUUUACUCGUGAUGAUUGCUUGCGUUUUGUUUGGUUUUGUGCUCGCCAAUGUGCUCUAUGUGAGGAAAUUGCAAUCCGAUCGGUUGAGGAGCGAAAUGCCACGCGUCUAG